AUGCAGGAGUCUCCAGGUGCCAUGGGUGUAGAUGGCAGCUACGCCAGCAAUGUUCCGGCCUUCCUCACCAAGCUGUGGACGCUGGUGGAGGAUCCAGACACGAACCACCUCAUCUGCUGGAGCGCUACUGGGACUAGUUUUCAUGUGUUUGACCAGGGACGCUUUGCCAAGGAAGUUCUGCCAAAGUACUUUAAACACAAUAACAUGGCAAGCUUCGUUCGACAGCUCAACAUGUACGGUUUCCGUAAGGUGGUGAACAUUGAGCAGAGCGGUCUGGUGAAGCCUGAGAGAGAUGACACAGAGUUCCAACAUCUGUACUUCCUCCAGGGUCACGAACACAUGCUGGAACACAUCAAGAGAAAGGUAUCCAUAGUAAAGAGUGAGGAGACCAAAGUUCGCCAGGAGGACCUCAGUAAACUGCUGUACGAAGUUCAGCUUCUCAGAACACAACAGGACAACAUGGAGUGUCAGAUGCAGGACAUGAAACAGCAGAAUGAAGUGCUGUGGAGAGAGGUGGUCUCACUGAGACAGAACCACACACAGCAACAGAAAGUCAUGAACAAGCUGAUUCAGUUUCUGUUCAGCCAGAUGCAGUCCAACACACCCAGCACUGUGGGCCUAAAGAGAAAGCUGCCCCUGAUGUUGGAUGAUGGCUCUCCCAGCCCUCCUGCCUCCAAGUUCAGCCAUAGUCACCCAAUGGAGCCCAUGCAUGAGCCCUUCUACAUUCAGUCGCCAUCCAGUGACACUGCUUCUUGCUCUACUAGUGGGCUGACAGGAGGACCAAUCAUAUCAGAUGUUACUGACAUAUCUCAGGCCAGCAUGGCCCUCCAAAUGCAGCCUGAUGAGACCAGGGAGAAGUGCAUGAUGCUUAUCAAAGAAGAGCCUGUGAGUCCAGGAGUGAGAGGAGGAGGGAAAGGAGGCAGUGUAGGGGGAGGAGAGGCUGUAGCAUUGACUUCCUCCUGUGAGGUGUGCUCCUCUGAACCUCCUGUCCUCCCUGUCGCAAUGGUCCAGUCUGUUCUGGAGGGGAGGAGCUCCGCGGCCUCUGUGGUGGAGAGGAGGAGUAAGAGACCCGCCCUCGACAGAGUGGAGGUUUCAGAUACAGUGGAGAAUGUGGAUAUGAGCCUGGAGGAGCUGCAGCAGCUGCUGCUCAGGAGCCAUCAGCAGAGUACUGUGGAAGCUGGGACCAGCGCUGUUAUGGAUCCCUUCAGUUUAAGCCUACCUCUGACUGAGUGGAACUUCACAGAGAUGGAGUCCAACCUCAAAUCAUACAUGUUCCAGAAUCAGGAAGCGGAGGCUUUUCCAGCUGCUGGCUGCGAGGAGCAGUGACUGAUCUGAGCUGUGGACUGUCCUUUCUGAAGUGGAAGGCCACAGAAGCUGCUGCUACCCUCAUUAUUCCACUCUGCAUGAGUUUGAUCACACGGCCCUGCCAGGCUCUUUCCUACACAAGGCUUUAUUUUCAUUCUUUACACAUCCACAUAUCUACAGAAUGAAACAGCCUGUGGAGAAAAUGUCGAUUUUUUUUUUUUUUUUUUUUAAUGAACUGAUCAAAGCUUACAUUUCCUGGUUAGCUGACUGCCAUUGGCCGCAUCAGCUACCGGCUCUGUGGGCAUGACCGAUGCCUGCAUUGGAAAGACGCUGGUCUAAGUUACCAAAACAAACAAAAACAAACAAAAAAACAAGUGUGUUAUGACAUGAUUAUAUCUAGACUCCAGUAUUAAGCCAGCUGGAUGCAGACAGUGCAUUCUCGGCUCCAGCACUUUAGUCUUUGUGUGAGAGGGAGUUCCUGCUUGUGGAAGUGAUUUUUUUUCUUCCUAUAAAGAAUCUAUUACGGAUGUAUACAAAUGAAUAUUUUUAUUAUUUUAUGCUUAUUACAAAAACACUGUAUUUGUAUUCAGGGGAAAAAUAGUCACUGGGGGGCACAGUAGAAUAUAUUACAAGUUAUGUGAUUUUUUUUCAGUCUGUGUAAGGAUGUAGGAAAUGUAAGGGCUCCUCAUAUAAUUAAUGCAUUUCAAAUCAUGAUAUAUGUGUUGAGACAGAUGAGAGGUGUGUUAACCUUCGUGAUAUGAAAGGUUCUUCUAGCAAAAAUAUGGAUUCAAGCCACUCUAAAAUCCAGAAAGAGAAACCUUUUUUUUUUUAAGCAUAUCAUGAUAGAAGGUUUUACCCAUCUAAUGUAUCUUUGCACAGGCCUGACAUGUAGCCAGAGACUUAGAGUUACUCCUCUUCUGUCCAUUUAAAUGUGAGGUUUCAAGUUCAUAUUAAAAAGACUUCUCAUUUGACAAAAGCAUGAACACCACUGCAUUUUUGCACAAUCCGUAUCACUAGUUACAUAUAGUUAUGACAAAAGGUCAAUUAUUUUCUGUUUGUAGAUGACCAACGCUCUGUUGCUCUCAGUGGCAGGGUUUUCCAAAACUCGAAGGCAAAAUUUAGUCUUUCAUCAUGAGGUUUCUGAAUGUUACUACUGUUGUCAUCUGGAAACAAAGACCACAUGUUGAGUCAAGACAUACGGUCUUUCAUGAGUGUGCAUAGAACAUAGAAACUCUGAUAAACAGUCAAGACAGUGGGAUGCUGGUUUUCAUACUCUGUAGAAAAAAACAAACAAACAAAAAGAAAAACUCAAUUGUCCAGGAGCCAGUCUUUAAAAAGAUUUCAUUAUGAUUGACUAUGUGUCAUUAAAUGUAUGGUGGGGUGGUUACUUGAGAAUUUAAUUAAUUUAAUUAUAAAACCAUGAAUACCUGCUUGACGAAAUGCAUAUUAAUUCUCUGGAUUACUAAAAAUCAUUAACAAUUCUAACUGAUAAUGCCAUUCGAUGUAAAAUAUUAGUCCUCGGCACUGGUUGCGGGCAACAGUUUAAAUAUUAACUUAGUGCUAAAUAUACUUCUGGGAAACCUCCUGGAGAUGAGUUGAAUUGUGCAAUACUGUACAGAACUGUGAGAACUCACAAAAUUGCAAUACAUGGAUGACCAUAGGAAUGUAGGAAACAACAACUGUGAGUGGUGGACUGGAACACAGUAAGAUGCACUGCAGAAGGAUAAUGUUAGCCUGUCAAUCCAAAAGCCCUGCUAGCUCUUCACACUGAGUUGAUCUAAUUGUAAUUCAGGUACAUGUCAGCUACAGUGUAGCCCAGGCUACUGCAGCUAUUUGCAUAGCUUUGUAGCUACGUCAUCACCCCUUAAUAUUUAAACUAUAAGUAAUGGAUCUAAUAUUAGGGAUGCAUGUUUGCACUGAAUCGCUGCACAUUUUGUCCCCUCUGUGAAUCCGAAAGCUCAGCUAUCUCUUUACACUGAGGAAGACCAAAAGGAUUUCAAACAUCUGACUGACCAGCUGAGCAGCAACUCCUGCUAGCAGCUAGCAGGGCUGAAGUGCAGGCCGUGAUUUGCAUUAGCUUUUGGAAAAAGGCGAAGCAUUGUAUUUUCUCAACGAUGUAAUUUUGAAUCUGUUGUGAACUCUGCAAUGCUACAACUGCUGUAACGCUGUCAUUGAAAUUUACUAAAUUAAUGAUGCUGUAACUUUGCAUCUAGAUUCAGCACAGUGUGAUUCUACAAAAGCUAAAAAAGAAAUUCCUUAGACAUGAUUACAAUACAAUAUAUAUUUGAGUUUUCUUAUGUCUGCAUUAAGUGAGUAAAAAUACAAUAAACUACGAAAGAGUAGCUUGAACAAAUGAAAGAAUGUGUUCAUAAUGUGUAGACUUAACUAAACAUUAUAUUGAAUUUGUCAGUCAAAAAGCUAAUGCAAACUGCCCCCUGCAGAUUAACAUUCUUGUGGCAGACCCUCCUUCUGUGUGCAGGCUUUGGGGAGAAGGGAGAAAAAGCAAGCUGUGGUGUAUAACAAGUGAAAUUGCACUAAAAAUGACAGUUGUAUGAUAUUUGAGAGUAUACAGUACAUUUUAGACAUAGCAUUUAUUCUUGUUCCUCAUGAUAAUAUGAGUGUUAAUGAUUUUUUUCAAGGAGUGAUACAUACACACAUUCAGUUGCUGUUGUGUUCUUAAUUUAUUCUGUUUUCCAUUUUAAUCAUUUGCACUGGAAAUAAACGGAUGUGUGUUCAAAUGACAUUUAUGCUUGUCAGGAUUGCAAAUAGAUAAAGAAGUAUUUUUGUUCAUUGAGUGAAAAGAUCUCUGCUGUAACAAAAGCCUGGCAUCCCAAAAGCACCUCUGCACUAUGAAAGGACAACACUAGCCUACAUCAGUAUAUACAAUAUAUGAACAAAAUUAGACAGUGAAACCCUUUCCUGCUACAACGAAGAACAUCUGCCGUCAGUGAAGACGGAGAGAUGAUCUUAGUGCUUAGAUGCUUUUGAAAGUGGGCCACAACCUGCUGAAAAUGUGAAUUGUUUUAAAUGGUUUUUUGCAAAGACUAAGGUGUAUUGUUACACAGAGUCAAAGAAACUGAAAAUGUAUUCCACCUGUGUAUGAAAUAUUUAAGUUGUUAAAACAAAUAAAAAUGAAAGAAGGCAGA